UUUGAUUAUGACGAAAUGGUAAAAACAUCUUGGACACACCCUGAAACAUGUGUUAUAUAUACUUGCUUUCAGCAGGAAGCAGUCAGCUUUAGAAGCAACAUCAGAGGUGCAAACAUGUGGGCUGAAGAUGACUUGGGUCCGGGUGCUCCACCAUGCCUUCAUAGUUACAUAGCACCAGUAGAGGGUAAUGUCUACAGAAUGUAUCAUGGCACAUCGAGGGAGAAUGUUGAAAAAAUCAAAGUCUCUGGCUUCAAGCAGUCUUCUGAUGGCAUGCUUGGACGUGGUGUCUACCUCAGCCGAGAUCUAGAGAAGGCUUCCAGAUACCCUCUGGAUCUACCUGAGAACAAGAGAGUGGUUCUGAGAGUGAAGGUAAAUGUUGGGAGAGUGAAGAAGAUUGACAAACAAGGUCAUCCACUGCAGAAAACCUGGCAUGAUCACGGGUACGACACUGCCUGGUGUCCUCCAAAAUGUGGCAUGGUGUCAAGUGGUCUUGAAGAAGACUGUGUCUGGGAUCCAAAUCGUAUCACAGUCAUUGGUGAAAUUUGCCCAAAAACACAAGGAGCUCAGGGUGCCUGUCACAACCAUUGUGAAAACAUGUGGGUUGAAGAUGACUUGGUUGGAGGUGCUCCACCACGCCUCCAGAGUGACAUAGAUCCAGCAGACUAUAAUUUCUAUACAAUGUAUCAUGGCACAUCCAAGGAGGCUGCUGAAAAAAUUAAACGUGAGGGUUUUCGUCCGUCUACUCAUGGCAUGCUUGGACAUGGUGUGUACCUCAGCCGAGAUCUACAAAAGGCCUCCAGAUACCCUUUACAAACCAGGAGGGAGGGAGGGGAAGGGGAGGCUCGAGCAGUCCCCUCCUGUACCAUUAUUUCCAACCCACUAUUUCUCCACUACCUAUCCCGUCAUGUGCCCAUGCCACUUCAUCCACCUGAGAACCAGCGAGUGGUUCUGAGAGUGAAGGUCAAUGUUGGGAAAGUCAUAAGGAUUGACCAUCAAGGUCAUCAACAUCAGAAAACCUGGCAUGAUAAUGGUUAUGAUACUGCCUGGUGCCCUCCAAACUGUGGCAUGGUGCCAAGUGGUCUUGAAGAAUUUUGUGUUUGGGAUCCAAAACGAAUCAGAGUUAUUGAUGAAAUUCCCCCAAUGCCAGUGCGUGAAUAACUGUUAAUGAAGUCUGAAAUGUAUAACUGCACAUAUGCUUUAAAAUGUUAAUCAUAUACUGUACUAUGCAUUUUGUCUCAGAAGCUGGGUAUGAAAAAAAUUAAACAUAUUCAUGCCAAUA